AUGCGCAAGUUCGAUCCAUGGCCUGUUUUCUUCAAGCGCGAAUGGAAAAGGAACUGGCCUUUCCUAGUUGGAUUUGCAGUCACCGGAGCCGUAAUCACCAAGUUAUCCCUCGGCUUUACCGAGGAAGACGCUAAAAAUUCGAAAUUCGUUCAGGCGCACAAAAGUUUGUUGUUUACCAUGACUAUUGACCUGAUCAGUUAUGCUAGCAUCUUGGUCUUGGUCGAUGCGCAUAUAACUAUUCCCCCCUUCCACUUCAUCCUUGUUCAAUGUUGA